CGCAGCCAUCUCACUCACGAGAUAUCAGUCGCCCUUAAGCCUCUACUAUCCAUCGCGCCGGCACGCGUCCUUACCUACUAGUGCACCCGACGAAAUGAGUUCUACGCGAAUCUAUCAUAACAUCUCCAAGAUCCCAAUUACAUCCACCCUCGUCCUUAUCUUUGGCAAUUACGAGUUAUGGCGCAUACACAAGGGCAUACACCCGUACUGGACACCAAAGCUGGAGGCGGCGGGAAUUGUGACGAGGCAACACAAAACAACCCCAGAGCCAUCAGACAGUCGUGCCGUAGCGGACAAGGUGGAAGCUGGAGGUGACGCGGGCGAAGCCGCAAUCAGAUGGACCAGCCUCAACGGCAUACCGAUCCUUCUGCCUACCCUCGAGGGGCUCAUGCGGCCAUUCCGCAAAGACUAAGAUUUGUUUCUCUAUAUGUCAUGUCGCAUACGAACCCGCUACUAUGACAUUACCAACGAGCAAGUUCUCUCGCUGAAGCGAUUCGCGGCAUUAUCAAGAAUCCAAAGUCUCGAAGAGCUAGAUUCGUCAUGUACAUGGACACUUGAUC